UCAUGAUCAGUUUAUGUGGGGGGCGCAGCACCUCUGUAUGACCACUAGGUGGAGCUGUCUGCAUGGAAUGCCCAAGCUGAAAGUGAAACUGUUCCUAGGCUGUGACUCCAUUACCGGGGUGAGGCGGUGGACACCGGAGCUGCUGGCUGAACCAGAAAGGAAUGCUGGGAGAUUUCACUUCUGACACCUACAGAAUUGUGAAUUCAGCUUUGGACACGCUAAAACUAAGGAUCAGGACUAGGAGAACCAAGGACAUCAAUCAAAAUGACUUUAGAAAUCCCAUCUCUAGGACGCCCCUUCUCUCUCGGGAUGUUGUACGAUUGUUAUGAAGAGAAACUUGUUCCAGGCAUUACCCUAUGGAACAGAAAGGAUCUGGCCAACAAUAUUUCCACAACGCCUCAAAAUUGCACAGAUUUUGAAGUGCUGACAUCUGACACGGUUUCUGGCAAGUCGUCUGCUCUGAAUGUCUCUGGAGAACUAAAGCUCAGUCUGUGGAGUGGCAUGGUCGAAGUCGGGGGAUCUGGAAAAUACUUUACUGAUACAAAGGAAUCGAAUAAACAAGCUAGAGUCACUCUGAAGUACUUGAGAACCACCAGGUUUGAUCAACUCAGUAUGAACCACCUCUGCCAAAAGAACAUUACCUACAAAGAUGUGUUAGACAAAGGGAUAGCAACUCAUGUGGUUACCGGCAUUUUAUAUGGAGCCCAGGCAUUCUUCAUAUUUGACAAAAAAAUUUCCAACGCUGAAACUACUAAAGAAGUUAAAGGAAAAAUUACAGGAAUGGUCAUGAAGAUAGGAAAUCUCACAGGAGAGGUGAAUAUGAAUGAAGCAGGGAAUGAAGAAGUCCGUCAGUUCAACUGUAAGUUUCAUGGGGACUUUGCUCUGGAGAAAAACCCAGUGAAUUACGAGGAAGCAGUGACAACCUAUGCCAGCCUCCCAAAACUAUUAGGAGAGGAUGGGGAGAAGGCCGUGCCUAUAAAAGUCUGGCUGUACCCCUUGAAAAACUUGGACGACAGAGCUGCCAGCUUGGUAAGACAGAUUAGUGAUCAUCUGGUUUUCACAGCAGAGAACAUCCUGCAGCAGAUGUCAGAAGUCGUCAUAGAGUGUAACGAUCUGAUGAGACAUCCGGCGGCCAUAAUUUUCCCAGCUCUCAACAAGAUCAGCCAGUUCAAGAAAUUUUUUGAAUAUUUUAGGGCUACAGUCCAGAAAGAGUUGUCCCAAGUACUGCCAGCUAUACGUUGUGGAAAUAUGGAAGAGUCUAAUCUGGAGAACAUUCUCACCAAGAAAGAUAAAUCUCCAUUUAGGGACAAGAACAUCAGGACAUUUCUCAUCAGAAGAUGGCUGGAGAUGGAGACUGUCCAUUCAUUAUUAAAGCAACUGAAGGAUAUCAGAGUGGUGUCAGGGGAAAGAGAGCUGAUAAAAGAACUUCUUGAUCCAAACUUUCAAAACACAGUUUGCGUUAACUUCUCCUCCUUGGCUUCUGAAGACCCGUAUCUCUCACAUUUAGAGUCCUGGCUUCAUGAGAAAACUUGGGAUCUUCAUGACAGUUUUAACGAAGGGGAAAAUCAACAAUGGUUCGAACAAAGAGAAAUACAUAAUAAGAUUGAGCAAAUUGUGCAACGAUGGCAGGGAUUUUCUUCGGUACCAGCUAAUUUCCUGGUCACAUCUGUUGAAUGCAGUACAUAUCACGGAAUCUGUAUUCAUGUUUACAAUAAGGGUUCACUCCAGAGACACUGUAUGUGUAUCUAAACCGUUGUUUUAUUGCGGUAUGGCCCUUUAUUGUUUUCUGAAUGGGUUCAAGGCAUGAGGUGAACUGAAUC